GUGUGUGUGUGUGUGUGUGUGUGUGUGUGUGUGUGUGUGUGUGUGUGAGACUCGGUGCCGCCGCCCCUCGGCCCCGUCCGCCUGUGACAGCGGUGCGGGGAAGGCGCUCUGCGCUCCCCUCCUCGGGCAGCCCCUGCCCGGGAUAGAGGGGGUGUGUACGGAGGGGUCCCGCUCUGCCCAGAGCCAGCGUGUGGCAGGAGCAGGGAAGUGAUUCCGCCCUGAACUCGGCACUGGAGAGGCCGCACCUCGAGUGCUGUGCCCAGUCCGUCACCUCUUACUGCAGGAAAGGCACUGAGGAGCUGGAGAGAGUCCGGAGAAGGGCAACGGAGCUGCUGAAGGGUCUGGAGCACAAGUCCUCUGAGGAGCAGCUGAGGGAGCUGAGCGGAGGAUCAGCCUGGAUAAGAGGAGGCUCAGAGGCGACCUUAUUGCUCCCUACAAUUUCCUGACGGGAGGUUUUAGCCGACUGGGGGUCGGGCUCUUCUCCCGGCCAGCCAGUGACAGGACGAGAGAACACAGUCUUAAGUUGUGCCAUUGGAGGUUUAAGUUGGACAUUUGGAAGACAUUCUUCACAGAAAGGAUGAUUAAACACUGGAAUGGGCUGCCCAGGGAGGUGAUGGAGUCACCGUCCCUGGAAGUGUUUAAGGAAAGAUUGGAUGUGGCACUCAGUGCCAUAUUCUGUUUGACACGGUGGUAUUUGAUCAUAGGUUGGAUUUGAUGAUCUCAGGGGUGUUUUCCAACCUGAUGGAUUCAUUGAUUCUGCGCUGGCACCGCUGUCCUGCCUCUCCUGGGGUGUGGGGGGGGUCUGUGCACCCCCUGCUUGGGCUGCAGCUCUCUUUGCUCCAGUGGUCUCUGGUAUUUUAGCUGCAAGUGCAGGAUACUUAUCUUUCCUCUUCCAAGAUCCCAAGGGCUUGAUCCACAUUUCUUUCUCCUCAGGCAUCCACUUUUCUCUAAGUGCAUUAAGGAGACUUACUCAUUUCCUUCCCUCUCUUCCCGCUACUUUCCCCCAAAGAUACCAGUGACAGGAAGGAAGGAGGAGACCCUCCCUUAACUCUGAGUGUGGUGAUUCUGCCGAUUUCUUCUGUGCCUGGAGGGCUCAGCUUUCAGCUGCCAGUGUCCCGUUGAAAGCUGCCCUGCUGGUCCUUAUCAGGGAUACGUGGCUGUAUAUCCUGUGACAAAGCAGAUAUGUUUAGUCCUUGCCCUAGACAAGAUUAGAUCUGCAGCAUGUGAAAGGGAUGUCAUAUGUAAUCCUCAGCUGAUGUUAAAUAUAUAGCUACUGGUGGCUCGAGAUUGCCUGGUACGUGGUAACACCUUGGCAGCUUGACAUGGGGUUUUUUCUUCUGAUGUUCCUGGACGAGCAGGAGAAGGAGGUCAGUGUCAGUUCCAUUGUCAGCUUUCACUCUGCAGACCUGAAACUUGUGUGUUUCUAACUCAGUGCGGUCCGAGUUGUUCGUGUCCGACGGUCACAGCCUUGCUGGGGUGACAUGAGAACGAACUGAGAACUGUGUGCUUGGAUACUCUGGUAGCUGGUAAAGACUCUGAAGUAUGCAAUAGGUUAAUAUUUUGUGUUACUAGUUCUAUGUAAGAAACGUUGUUUCAUGAAUUUUGGGUAAGUACUGGAUAGGAAGCUUGAAUUUCAGGUGUUCUUUUUAUCCUUAGAUACCAGGAUCCAGCUGUGCCAUGACAGUUUGACAGUAUAACUGUUACAUUGUGUAGUGCCAGAUUCCUAAAAUGUCUCUUUAUGUUAAGCUAAAUUCUCUUGUUUUGGUAAUACAAUUAACGUCCUUUCUGUUCAAACUUUGGUGUUGUAUAACUUUUUACUUAGCUAGGAACAGCGAUCUCUUGUUGCAGUACUCAAUACUGGCAUGGAAAACUUGGCUUCUUGUUUUCUGGAUCUUUUGCUUCACUAUAUUUUAAAGAUCCUACAGGAAACUUUCUUUGAGUAAAAAUGACAGGGCUGUAGUGAAUGUAAUAGUUGUGUUGCAUAAGGCUCAGCUUUCCACCUCUCCUGGAGAUUCUUGCCUUUUUUCUCAUCUCGUGACACCCUUUUUAGUGGAGGUCAGGGCUGUGUUAGAUUAACAUUGAUUUAAUGUACAUUUCCUAUAGGUGUAAAAUGAGUUUACUUUCAGAUUUUUUCUGGUUGGAGUGAAAGCAGUGUCUCUGUUUAUCUUAUCUCAAAAGUAAUCAAAUGUGAAACAAGAAUCACCUGAUGACAGCACAUGUCAAAGGGGGGAGGAGGUUGUAUCCUAGAACUGGUAUUAUUGGAGCAGCUGGUAUAACUGGAAAAACCAAACCCAUUUCUUCUGUAUGCAAGCCUUAUCUUGUAUGUUGUCUUUCGAAUUGUAUAUGAAAUAAUCUUGAGUAAAUACAAGGAAGAAUUUCAAGUUGACUUGCUCGCACCAUGGUUUGUGACUGAGCUGCUGUUCUCGGUCUCUUGUCAUUCUUGUUAUGUACUCUUUGAUUUUUUUAUUUUUCUUUUGGGGCAGGAGGGGCUGUAUUUUCCUCAUAGAACAGCCAGAUGCAAUACUUCUGUUUUGCAAUUAUUUGGCAGUUCUCUGGCUUAUAAUGUUCUCUUCCCUAACUGUCAAUGCAAUAGAAGUGAUUUCAUAAUUUGUGAGUUUCAUGUGAUUUUUCUUUUUUUUGGGUGGAACUUUUAAUGUGGAAAAGUGAUAAUCUGCACAAAGAAAUAUUUAAUGCUAUUAAAAUAAGAUUACACAUGAAGUGUCAAUGAUGCAGUUAUACAUUCUGCCCUCAGAGGUUGCUUGUUGCAUGUUUGGAACAGCAGAGUUUGACAGGCUGCUGAGCCUGGUGGCUUUAGUGCAAUCAUCUAUGUGAACAUACAUUGUAGACUACAUAAUGAGACCAUUUCUUGUAUUUUUUUUGGUAUCAUAAAUUAAAGCAGUGACUCUGCUUACAUGAUCUAAAAUACUGCAACAUUUUAAAACCAAAGUAGAGUGUCAUGACAAGAAAUGUUAAGUAUAUUUUUAAUUUUUUUUUUCAGAUCUUCAUGUAACUGGCUUAAAAAUGGUUCCACAAGAUGACAGCACCAAAUCUAAGACUGUGGAAAUGGAGACUAUCUUCACUUUGACAUGAUGUGUGAAGCUUUUUAGUCAGCAUUUUUUCUUUCUCUUUUACUGUUAUUGUGAAAGGUUACAAAUGGUGUGGGUUUUUAUCAUGAACCGAAUGAGCUCCCAGAGCAGUUCAUCCGCUCAGCGUCGGCGACUGGCUCUGGGAAUCGUCAUCCUCCUCCUCGUUGAUGUGAUAUGGGUUGCCUCUUCAGAACUCACUUCUUAUGUUUUUACAAAGUACAACAAACCUUUUUUCAGUACGUUUGCAAAAACAUCCAUGUUUGUUCUAUACCUCUUGGGAUUUAUUGUUUGGAAACCAUGGAGGCAACAGUGUACUCGUGGGUUUCGUGGAAGGCAUACAGCCUUUUUUGCAGAUGCUGAAGGUUAUUUUGCUGCUUGUACAACAGAUAACACUGUAAACAGUUCUCUGAGUGAACCUUUAUAUGUUCCUGUAAAGUUUCAUGACUUGCCAACUGAAAAAAAUGGCAGUAAUAAUAGUGAUGCAGAGAAAACUCCCAAAAAGCCUCGUGUAAGGUUCAGUAAUAUUAUGGAGAUCCGACAGCUCCCAUCAAGCCAUGCAUUGGAAGCCAAGUUGUCUCGCAUGUCAUAUCCAACAGUUAAGGAGCAGGAAUCAAUAUUAAAAACUGUAGGAAAACUCACUGCAACUCAAGUAGCAAAAAUUAGCUUUUUCUUUUGCUUUGUGUGGUUCUUGGCAAAUUUCUCUUACCAAGAAGCUCUGUCAGAUACCCAAGUUGCCAUAGUUAAUAUCUUGUCAUCAACCUCUGGGCUUUUUACAUUAAUCUUAGCUGCAGUCUUUCCCAGUAACAGUGGAGAUCGGUUUACCCUGUCCAAAUUAUUAGCUGUUAUUUUAAGCAUUGGUGGUGUGGUACUUGUUAACCUUUCUGGAUCUGAAAAAUCUACUGGAAAAGAUACAAUAGGUUCCCUGUGGUCUCUUGUAGGAGCAAUGCUAUAUGCUGUGUACAUAGUAAUGAUAAAAAGGAAAGUAGAUAGAGAAGAUAAACUUGACAUACCAAUGUUCUUUGGUUUUGUAGGGCUGUUCAAUCUGUUGCUGCUGUGGCCAGGGUUCUUCCUGCUUCACUAUACCGGGUUUGAAGCAUUUGAGUUUCCCAACAAACUGAUAUGGAUGUGCAUUGUCAUUAAUGGCCUUAUUGGAACAGUUCUGUCAGAGUUCCUCUGGCUGUGGGGCUGCUUUCUUACCUCAUCACUGAUCGGCACACUUGCUCUAAGCCUUACAAUACCUCUGUCCAUCAUAGCUGACAUGUGCAUGCAGAAGGUGCAGUUUUCCUGGUUAUUUUUUGCAGGGGCAGUACCUGUAUUUUUUUCUUUUUUCAUUGCAACCCUCUUAUGUCACUAUAACAACUGGGAUCCGGUGAUGGUGGGAAUCAGAAGAGUUUUUGCCUUUAUCUGUAGAAAACAUCGAAUUCAGAGAAUACCAGAAGAAAGUGAGCAGUGUGAAAGCCUCAUUCCUAUGCAUAGUGUUUCACAAGAUGGAGAAAGUUGCUGUUCAUAGGCAAAAGUUUAAAAAUGGAAUGAUGCCCAGCGAAGAGACAAUCUUCUGGAAAAGUCCCUAAGGAGUCAUGUUUCAGUGCCUAUUCUGAAUUUGUAGUAAAAAUAAGAAGUUUCAGUUCUUUUGAAACUCUAAACUUUUCCUCUUUCUUGCUUUCAUCUGAUUUUAUAAAUGAACAAAGUUACUCUAUGCCUAUCACCAUAGGGAGUCUUAGUCCAUCUGAGCAACCAACCUGCCUUAUAACACUUGAGCUGGUGACAUUACUUGACAAAAUCAAGAAAGCAAAUGCUGUUAAGUGAUUUCUUUCUUUUUUUAACUCAUGAUUUUGUUAAAUGCUGGACAAUAUUGUUUUUAAAAGAUACUUUCAAGUGAGUUAUGUAAAUAAGUUUGCAGGUCAUCAAAUCUUACAGGCUUUCAGAGGAAAAGCUUAAUAGAUACAUUACCUGUAGUAGGUACAAAUUAAAUUUUUUUAUGUUGUAUAAACUAUUUGCAUAUUAAUAGAGGAAAACAGAAAAAAUAAUUUAUUAAGUGCAUUCUUAUGAUUAUUGAGGCAGGAUCUUUGUACGGUCCUGGAACACUACAGACAUGUUGUCUUAGGCCAUUUUGAGAAGCCUUGUAAUGGCAGUGGGUGCCGAUGUUUAAAAAUCUUGCUGCCCAACAAUCUGGAAUGCUUGAAAUUUCAGUGAAUGGGGAAAUAUUUCUAUUUACAAUACGUUUGGGUGUCCAUUCUCAAAAUCAGUGUUUGUUUUAAGCAGACUGAUUCUGUAACCCAUUCUUACUCCCAGUUACCUCACAGACGUGAAAAUUUUCACGUAUGUAGAUGCCAAGUUGCAAAAGAGGUCAAAUUAAUUGAGGAAAGUUUUCAGUCAGUGGGUUGGCUGCUAGCAAUCUGAAAGGUAAAGGUGUUUGCAUUGAUUUUUCUUUUCCCCUAGUUGUAUUAAUAAAUUUAUUCUAAAACUGGUAAUUUUCCUUAUAACCUAUAUCUUCCUUCCACUGCAGUGUUUCUAUCCUCUUUAAUUCUGAGAAGCUAUUAUAAUUAUAUUCAGGAAUAUUUGAAAUUAAUCAGUGCCAUUUUCCAACUUCUGACCUAUAAGACAGAUCAAAGUUAAUUUUGGCUUUUGAUGGAUUUUAUUUUUAUAUAAUGAAUGUCGGAUGGAUUUUUAGCCAGCAGUAUUCUCUUCCACAUAACAAGGUAGGGUAAUGUGGGGUAUUUCUACUGUCCUUCCACACAAAUACAGAAGGAUGAUAUAGCAGAAAUGCCUUUUCAUGUUUUGGCACUCAGUAAUGAUCAUUCCAAAAGAAAUUUUGGUCUUUUGGUGAUAAAACUACUAUAUGAGAGAGAAUGCAGGAAAGCAAUAUGCUUAGCUGUACAUUUAUAGAAGAAUUCUAGCCAGCAGCUAGAAUUUAAGAGAAAGAAGAAAAAAUGGACCUGGGUGCUAUUCUGUUCAAAUAUUUUACCUUUAUCAUUUUUUUCCUUCCCAUUUUUAAUACUGGAUUGCACUAAAGGUUUUGGUGAUCUGAAGCUUCUUUUUAAGAUGAGAUAGUAAGUCUUUCUCCGGACACUAAAAUAGGAAUUUAAAAAACCUCCAAACCAACCAAAACAAAAUCACAAACCCAAACCAGACAAAAUGUUUAUUCAAUUUAUGUAGACAUUUUGAAAAAUUCCACAUUUAAAUUUCCAAACUCCACAAAUAGAGGGGUUGAAAAUACAGUAUGUUGAAGUAAUUUUACUUUGGUAGUAUUUUCAGGGAUUUUUUCAUAAGUGGAGUUUCCUUAGGUUUUUUGAUUUUUUUGUUUGUUUGGUUUUGGGGUUUUUUUAAAUUAUGACAAGUUACAGGAUGUUAGCUUCAACUUUUUUCCUAGAAGUAAUGUUAAUGCCUACUCACAAUAAAAAGAUAAUGUCUGUUUUCAAUUAAUGAAAUGUUUCAAUAAGAUCCUGACAAAUAUGUAAUACCAGGUAUUAACUCUAAAUUUGGAUCAAUUGGCACUUGUGGAAUCAGUGAACUAAGCCUGGGGAAACUGAGUUUGCUUUCAGAUGGGCAAUGACAGUAUUUUUAGCAAAAUUUUCUAUUACUGUUCUUUGAAAUUGGCCAUACCAAUAGAAUUGGAGCUGCAAUGUAAAAUGGGCAGUUGCUGUUCAUAUUUGCCCUUAUGUUCAUGGUUUAAAGUAAAAGAUCAUCAUAAUCCCCCACAUAUAUGACUGCUGUUAAUUUGCAUUAUUCAUGAGUUUGAGAGGUUAAAAAAAUAAGUACUAAGAGAAUAUUAUUCUGUCUCUGACCCCAGGAAUGUUGAAGAGCGUUCAGUAAACUCAGUCAGGGCCUUCCCACUGUUCUUGUUUUUAACAAAAAUGUGCUAAUUUUUUUUAUAAGAUACAAGAUAUUUUCAUCUCAUGGCACUAAGUAGCUUAAGCAGUGUUUUUGCAUUACAUUACAGUUCUUUAAAGAGUAAGAACAAAGCAAACUGUCCUUCCUGAAAGGAUUUUUAAACAGUGGUGCCCCUGUAGUUACAAGAAACGUGUUACGGUUUUGAUUAUGGAAGCUAUGACAUAUAACAUUGUUCCUGCAUUUAAUAGAAUGUGAUGAUGUUUUUUCUAUAAAAUCUUGUGAUUUUUAGUACAAUAAUAUUUUAUAAAUAUACUGUCUAAUUGGAAAUGUAAAUUGCUUGACUCUCUAAUGGGUGCUUGGUAAAUGCACAAGAGAUUUAGCUUUGAUUCUCAGGUACCUCUGACGAAAUGGAGACGUGCUGGGUUUUUCUUCCUCAUCACACAACUGGAAUGUGAAGGAGCUCUCUCAUCAAUGCUUUACCUCUCUGUGCUGGUGUAAAUUGUCAUUGCUCUUACUGUUUCAAUUUGGGAAUGUCUUUAUCCUGACAUAUUUCUUGUAGGAACCACAUACACUUCAAAAAAACAACAAUUUUUUCUAUGUCUAGCAUUUCUUUGAUUACCAUUAGCAACAGUGAUUUCCCAUAUCUGCAAGAUGGAAAAUGAAUACCAUGUGUUGCUCUGUCAAACAGUUUAACUAAUUCCUGUAAUCAUUUGAAAUAACCAACAAUUCUUCUGUGUGUACAGUUAAGGUUUUGGAGCUGUUUGGUUUUUAUAUAUGAAGGAAAUACUGAUAAUUUGCCAAAUGCUACAGAGCAUGCCUUUGGUGAGUCUAUUUGAUACACAGUGUGCUGCAGUUCAGGACAAAGGAGAAAAAGAAUUUCAGUUUCUCUGGCCACUUUGUGUUAGGUUUCAGUCAUGCUGAAAAUGUGUUCUCUACAAGCUGUAGAUGUAAUGUUAAUUCACCAGUGGACUGAGAGAGAUGCCACAUUGGUACUUAGCAAUUACUUGCAAAGUCUGGGGCACAUGAAUGCUGCUGGAGGCACCAAGGGCCUGAUGUUCCCGUUUCCCAGUGUUCACUGCAUCCUGCUUGUUGGCUUUUGGCCUAUGGAAGUCCCUGUAUGAGGGCAGGGGCUGUACUGUGUGGCUGGCCUGGCUUGCCAUGGAGUUGGGCUGGAGUGGACUGCACACAAACUCAGAAGCAGGGUGGCUGAGGCACUCCUGGGUAUCUCAGUGAGGUGUGGCAGAUGCUGAGGUAUUUUGUGGAAAUAAGAUGUUAAUCAGGGGUGUUGUUUGAACCCUGGGGCUGCAGCUGAUACUUGACCCAGUGUGCUGGUCUGUGUGUGUCAAACCUCCUUGGAACAUACUAACAAAAAUAGGGGAUACUGCAAAUCACUUUCCUUGGUGUGUGCUGCUGUAAUUGUCAUUCCUUUCGCAAUGCUCCUUGUGCCUAGGUACUGCUAUUCACAGCUAUGAUGGCUUUAAAUAAGGUGGCAAAACGAUUUCUUUGUAAUUCUUGUUUCCAUUUCUCUUGGUGUUGAAUGUUAUCGUUCCUAUUCUCUCUUGAAAGAUCUUACUAUCUUAGGGAAAUUAAGUUACUGAGCUACACUAAGCUAUCAGAGGAGGGAGAAAACCAGUUUAAUUUUGUUCAUAGAGUGAAUUUAUGGACACAUAUUCAAAUUUCAUAUGCAAACAGAUAAGGCAGUGUUUGUAAAUUAAGUUAAGAAGUGGCAUGCUCAAAAAAUCAAGAAACAAACUAAUGUUAAUAUCAUAAUGUUGAGUUAUAUGGCUAACUAUAGGAUGGUGCUUCUAAUCAGCUUUCUUAUCUGGAACAAGUUUUGAGUUAGUUACCAUUUCUGUUAUGGCUAUCAUGUGUAAUGCCUGCAAUUUAAUAGUUACGACUCCAGUAGCAUUUCUGUGUUCACUCAAAAACAGUUGUUAUGCAUUAUUUCCCCUAUCUAAUCCAUUAUUUCAUUAAUGCUGUAUUUUGUUUUACAUGAUUAUUGCAGGGCAUGAUUUCUCAGGGAAAUGUGGAUGAUACCAUACGUUGUGAGAGCCGAUAACUAAUUCCUGCUUUUAAAAUUGCUACAAACAUUUCUGAGUUUCACUCAAAACAUUUCACAUUGUGUAGCUUUCAUGUUGAACUUCCUUUAGAUUUAUCAGGUAAAUCGUGAUGAGAAUGUUAAGAACAUUUAAAGGUGUCAAUAAAAUACACUCUGCCCAACAUUUCUUACUGUUUGGAGAAACAUCCGUUCUAAUCCGAUGUUGCAACAUGUGUGGUUUUACUUUGUUGUCCUCUGCGCCAUACAAAUGAAUAGUUACUCUGCUGAUUUUGAAGAUGCACUUCUGGCAUGACAGUGACAUUAACUUUCAGGGUUAGGCAAUACCAUAAUAAUAAUCUGAUUAUGGAGUAGAUCACCGGUAUAAAUCUCUAAUAUAAAUAUAUUCAUUUAUAUAAUCAAAUUUUUACUAAGUCUGUUCACUUUGGGGAUUUUUUUGUUUGUUUUUCCAGUGAAGAUACUUUGUCUAGACUGGGAUUUGAUCCAAAGCCCAAGAGAGUCAUAGACAGCAUUAAUAAAGUAAAACUUUAUUGAAAAGGAACUCUGCAGUCAGGCUGACCUUUAUGCCUUUGCAUUAUUUCUAUCUGCAGCGUAUAUUUGGAGUGGUUUGCUUUAAGACCUCGGUAAUAAAUGGAGGGAUUUUAGUGCUGGUAAAAAUGGUAAACACACUACUGUAACUGGUCACAAAAGAUAUAUUCUGUAUAGCCAGCAAGCAGCCUAAUUAUUUAGAAGGUGAAUUUGUCUUACUACAUGACUUUUGUUUGAAAUCAUCAGUGUGAGAAAUGUUAACCUCUACACUUUGUUGUAUACUUGUAGGAGAAUUUUUUUGUCCAUAGUGAGAACGUGUGAUCAUAGUCAUCAGCCUUGAGCAUCACCUUCCUCUUGAUGAUUUCUGCUUUGACAUUUCCAUUUACAUGCCCUGUUGCAUUCAUUGCAAAGUGAAUUUCCUCUCUAGGUAAAGCCAGUGUAAUUACAUUUUGACUAUCCUAGUUCUCCGUGGUGUUAAAAAUCUAACAUAAAACAUAAAUCUGACAUAUAAAUGUGACUACUCAGAUAUCUGUGUUCUCACUCUCCUCUGAGGUGAAGUGUUGCAUCAGACCUUUUCUGGAUAUGCCUGCCAUGAUAUGAAACACAUCCAGAAUUUCAUCUGGCUUUCACUUCCUACUUCUAAAAAGCAUAAAAGGCUUUUCUCUGAGGAUUUUUGUAGAAAGCAGCUGUUUAGUUCUACAAGUGCAGAGUCCUUUAGGUGCAUCUCUGUUUCUAAAGUUGCAUCCAAUGUUCCUUUUCUUUUAUUAAUGAACUUCUGUUUUUUCAGGGAGGGUGCACAAAUUUUCUUUAUAUCCCACAGAAGAAAUAUAACCGGCUACUGGAAUCGCCUCAGAAAUAAUAGUUCAGGGCUGUUCUGCACAUAUGCUCCUGAUUUUUUUUCCACAAUUUUUUUUAUAAAACCCCAAACAAAACUUCACACUUAUGAAGCUGGGGGAAUUAGCCAUUUAGCAUAAAACUAAUUUUAUAAUAUGCAAAUGACUGUCUUUUCAUUGAUGAUAUCCUUCGAUAUAUUACAGCCCACAAAUCUUCCUUGUCUGUGUAAUAGGAGGUGAUGCUUUUCUUCUACCUAAAUCUGACCUUUUACAUACUGAUUAAGUUAGUUCCUCUACAAGAAUGAGUAAUUUCUCAAAUAUUUUAGAAUCUUCUUUUUCUUCUAGGUAGAGAAACAGGGGGGGCUUUCCAGCCAAACAGUAUCACUUUCCUGUUGGGUAAGGAAAAAAAAACCACGAAAAUUAAUACAAAAAUCUUAAUUGAAAAUUAGAGAAUCUUAGUAGGAAGCAUAUGGGAUCAGCUGUAAUAUCAUUGAGGUAAUUUCCUGCAUAGCCCAAUUCCAUAUAGGAAGUGCUUAGGCAAUGGUUUAUUGGAUUGAUCUCUGGUUGAUCUUGACCUAAUAUAAAAAGUGGAUAUUUUGAAUAAUCAUUUCAUAUUGAAGCUAAAUGCUUAAAUUAAGCCCUGUGAUUAUAACAAAAAAAACAAACAAACGAACAAAAAAAAAAAGGCAGAAAAAUUAUAUUUGGAGACUUAGGAGUUUCUUUUGUUUUUCUUUUUCUUGAAGUACAUCCAAGCAGUUAUAAAGGAAUGCUUUGCUAAUUGAAAGUCACGAGGCUGUUCACACAAAGCUAUAUGGAAAGCAUAGCCAGUUGUUGGAGUUGACAUUUUCUGAAUGGGAUUAGAGAAACGUAAUAAGUAUGAGGUACAACCUCAGCAUUGUACAGCUGAAGGGGUAAUGAUUUAGAAUCUAUGUGAGGUCUCUUUGGAGUAGAUAUUAGUAAAGCAAAAUUGUUUGUGAACCUUGAUUUAUGAAAACCCUGAAACUUAUUGCGUUAAAAGAUGCACAAAACCAGUAGCAGUUUUAAUGUUUGUUUUGGCAUUACAUUUUGUACCAAGUUUCAGGGAAUUCUCAAUAACACUUUUAAAGCAGAUGCUGCUUCAACUGAAGAAAACUUUUGUUUGCCUGAAGUCUGUACAGUUUCUUGAUAAUUCAGAUGUUCAGAGGGCACAGAAAGUUCCAGUAUAUAUCCUCUAUGAAACGUCUUUAUGCAUCAUCUUUUAACCAUUUUCCUUAGCGAGACCAGAACGUGAAUUACUGAUGUAUUGCAUUUGCACUUAAAAACCUGAUUUCAGAGUAUGUUAAAAACCUUGAUCUAUUUUUGAUAAAAAAAGAAAUGUAGCAUUUUAAUCUGAUUUCCAUUUAAUGGUAAGGAUAUUCAUGCAGAGAAAAACAUAUAAUGGAGGUUUGAUGCAGUGAUUUUUUAAGCCAAGAAAACAGCAGGAUGGCAGUGGUAAAUCUGAAAUGAAGAUGCAUGUCUGCUCAGAAACUCUGGUUUCCUUCUGCCCUCUUUAUAUCAAAUUGGUGUCUCCAUUAUUCCAGGAUAGUACAGGUGAAGCAAGGACCAGAACUUUACCCUUUGUUCUUUAAAAGUGAAUACUGGCUUUUGCCUGGAGUGUCUUUGUCCUGUCACUUCAUUUUCUGAGGGGAAGUCAGUUAAAUGAGAAAUAUAGAAUAAGUAUUUUUAAUUAAAAUCAGAUUUAAGCUAUUCAUUAUUUUGAAAUCCUCUAUAUUAAUAGAGAUCUAGUGAAUGGAAAUUAAAGUCCUAUAUUGCAAAUACUGAACAGUGCUUAUAUAUUUUUAACAAGACCAAUAUAUAUAUGAGUAUUUAAAAUGUGUGAAGGUAAAAAUUGGAUGAUUUUUCUUGUGUUUGUAGGUUGAAAUUAAAAUUCUUAAUACCCAGUACCAAAACCCUAUAAAAGGGCUAAUGAAAAGAAAAUGUAAUCUGAUUAACAGCCUGUGUAAUACAAUCAAUGUGUGAUGUUUUUGUUCUGCAUUAUAUUUAUUAUAUGUAAGUAAACAAUAAAGAUUAUAAAUCUUA